UCCUUCUCAACUUUUACAUAACUUCCCUAUUUACCACAACCUGUCCUUUUCCUAAGGAUUUUGUUACCAGUUGAGUGCAUUUCAUACAGCCUUUGCGGCAUUUGGAGCCUUCCUUUGUCGGUGUAGUCGGCAAGAAUGCGAACUUUUCACUGGAAAAACUACAAAACAACCGCCCACGGGAUUUAUUGUCGGAUUUACCUCCGACCAUAGUUUUUUUCUCAUUGUUUACCUUAAACUUCUUUUCUCAUUGUUUACCUUAAACUUCAUUUGUUUUAGCAAAUACACAAAACUACCCAUAGUAUCAUAUUGGCCUCAUUUUGUGUCGUAUUGUAUGUCCGAAGGGUUGGAUUGUCCAUAUUAUGUGUCGGAUGGCUUUUAUUUUGUGUCGAACGUCGUGCUUUUAAACAACUGUCGGAUUGCUUUCAUUUUUGUGUCGGACCGCACGCUUAAAGUGUCGGACCUCUCUCAUUUUAUGUUUGACUGCAUCCUUUCUAAAAACAAAAUAGCUAACCGUUCCAUUCUUUCUAGAAACAAAGUGGCUGGCCGCUCCAGACUGCAUGCUUUCUAGAAGCAAGUCCUUGCCCCCAUUUUGUGGUGGAUGACAUGUUUUCCCGAGAUUGUCCUGCCUCAGUCCCCGUCCUCUUUUGAUCCGCUCUUUGCGCGGUUCCAUCCACCAAGCCUCCUCUCUCUCUCUAAGGGGUGUCUAGAGUGAACCUUAUUAUCAGAUCCCAACUUGGAAACAAAACAUUUCCAUUGCUGCAAAAAGUUAGGGUCUUUGAGGAUGGAAAGGCUGGUGAAGAAGUACCAGCAGAAAUACAAGAGAGUGAGAGACCAAAUGGACACAUGGGAAGACCUUAACUCUCGUCUACUCUCUCAAUUUGGGAAUGCCUCCUCCAUUAUCGAGAGAAUGCAGGUACUUCAAAACACCAAAUACUAUGGUGUAUUAACAUGCGUCCCAGGCAUGAAAAAGGAGCUCUUAGGGAAACAGAUGGAAUCCUUGGAAAGCUUUUUGAGGGCCAUGAAAACCACAUUGAAUGAGUUUGAUGGCAUUGUUAAAGCCCUUGAGAAACUCUGGCAGGAUGGGUGCCAACUUUUGAAAGGUGAAUCUAAGCAGCCAACCGCACGACAAAUGCAAGCAAGAAUUGGGAUAAGGCCAAGUCUUUCAGAUUGUCUGGAGGGGCUUAGAGCUAUUCAUGAGAUGCACCAUUCAGAAUACCUUCUCAAAUCAUCAAUAAUUGCAGCAAUCUCACUUAAUUCCAGUUCCGCCGACCUAUCAGCAUUCCACCGGCUUCUUGCAGAUCAGCCUAAUAUCCCAAGAGAGGAAGUAAAAUUCAUCUUCAACAUCAUAUUUGCAGAAGAGAUCAGCUGAGUAAUGCUGAUUUUCUGGUCGCUGGUUCCUUGACAUAAUUCGGUGUCCCAGGGUUUUCUCGCAUUACGCCGAACAGGGCAUAGCGAAGAAUUAUCAGAAUGAGUUGGAAUUCUCUAACGCUGUAACUCUAGCACUUGCACCUACUGGUUGCUACAUUGAUGCCUCACAACGUGAGCUGCUCCUGGUUGUUCUCAGUAACUAGAAUCAGUUGUGGCAGGAGGGACUUUAGAGAGAGAGGAGGUGGGAGGGUAAGGUGGGGCUGGGGGUAUCGGGGGUCAGAUGAGGGAGAUGGAUAUGCUAAAAUGAAGGAAAAAAGAGAAAAAGUGUAGUGUAAUAAGAUUAUAUUAUGGUUUUACUUUGUUAUUCCAAAUAAUAUUUGAGGUGGGAACAGAAGAAGUUUUCUUUUA